UAAAAUGCCAAACAGACUGUGUCCGUGAGACGAAGGAAGCGAUGGCACCUCAGAGCAGCUCAAUCAAGUUUGGCGGGAAGGGAACAGGGCCGGGACAGUUCAACACUCCCCGCGGGGUCCUGGUCUCUUACGAUAACGAAAUCUUCGUCAGCGACAUGGGCAACAAGCGUGUCCAGGUCUUCAACAUGGAGGGCGUGUUUCUCCGAGAGUUCCCCACGGUCGUGCCAAAGACAGCUCACGUCAUGAAGCCGUACGACAUCACCAUUGAUGGCAGCGGCCAUCUCUGGGUGCUGGGGCGAGACGGAGCGGCCGAGUUGUGGUCAGUACAACAAGGAGGGAAGACCCAAGACUCGGACGGACACCCGACCAACAAGUUCAGCCUCCCACCGAGCGGCCGUGCCCGCGGAAUCGGUCUCGACCGGAGCCGUCAGCACAUACUCGUCACGGGGGGUGACGCAGGCAGCGCCGUCGUCAAGAUAUUAGAGCACGACGGUUCGCUGGUGCGAGAAAUUGGUCAAGAUGGCACCGUAAAACAUCCAAGGGAUGUCACCGUCAAUAAAGAUGGUAACAUCCUGGUGCUAGACAGAGAUCCGAGCUUCGUCCACGUGUACAACAAGGAGGGGAGCCUGCAGUUCAGCUUUGGGAUCCCGGGAACCGGCGAUGGUCAGAUGAAACAUCCCCGGAACAUCUGUCACGACAACUCCGGCAACAUCGUCGUCGCCGACUGGGGCAACCGCCGCGUGGAGAUGUUCACCAGCAAGGGGGAGCACAUGCGGCACGUCGGCAUACGUGACGGGAUGGGCCAGGUCCACGGCGUGGCCAUCUCCCCGGACGGCAAGGUCGUCGUGACCGACUGGGUGAACCACCAGGUCACCAUCCUACCGAACGACGAGGACGUCUCCUACCCUGUGAGAGAGGCGACGGCGACAGGCAGCAGCGUCAUCAAGUUCGGAGGAAAGGGAUCGGGGCCUGGGAAGUUCUUCACUCCCCGCGGGGUCCUGGUCUCGUACGAUAACGAGAUUUUUGUCAGCGACAUGGGCAACAAACGUGUCCAGGUCUUCAGCAUGGAGGGCGUGUUCCUCCGGGAGUUCCCGACAGUGGUGCCGAAAACUGCUCACGUCAUGAACCCCUACGACAUCACCAUUGAUAGCAGCGGGCAGUUGUGGGUGCUGGGGCGGGACGGCUCGGCGGAGUUCGUGGUCCAGUACACCAAAGACGGCAACACCAUGGUGUCCAACGGCCAGGCGACCAACAAGUUCAGCCUCCCACCGGACGGCCACGCCCGCGGGAUCGGUCUCGACCGCCGCCGCCAGCACAUCCUCGUCACGGGGGGUACCGCAGGCAGCGCCGUCGUGAAAGUCCUGGAGCACGACGGUUCGCUGGUGCGAGAAUUCGGCAAAGAUGGCGUCCUCAAGCAUCCACGAGACAUCACCGUGAACAAGGACGGAAACAUCCUCGUCUUAGACCGCGAUCCGGAGUUCGUCCACUUCUACGACGAGGCCGGGAAGCUGCAGUCCAGCUUCGGGAACCCGGGGACCGGCGACGGCCAGAUGAAACAUCCCCGGAACAUCUGUCACGACAACGCGGGCAACAUCAUCGUCGCCGACUGGGGCAACCGCCGCGUGGAGAUGUUCAGCCCCAAGGGAGAGCACAUGCACCACGUCGGUACCAAGGACGGCAUGGGGGAGGUCCACGGAGUCGCGGUAGCGCCGGACGGGAAGGUAGUGGUGUCCGACUGGGUGAAUGAUACCAUCACCAUCCUCCAGAAUUCAGAGGCUGUGUAACGGGGCGUGAUUCUCAAACGCCGGUAAUUGAAUUCUCUUAUGUACGAAGGCCCCAAGGGACACUAUUUACAGCCUUUACGAACUCUCCUGUGUGGUCGUGUGGCGUAACGGCAGUGUUCGGCUCAGGACAAAGAGGUCCCGGUUUCGAAACCUGUCAUGCCACCGAUCUUGUGUCCUUGGAAAAGGCACUUUACACGACUUUCCUCACUUAGCUCAGGUGAAAAAUGAGUAUAGUCUAUUGUCCUCUGCGUUGGUUGUGGUAUACGGAAGUUGACGAGAGGGAUUCGUAGAGGCUACCAAGAAGCUUUUCAAAGGCUUCGAAGAAAGUUCGCAUAGAGUGUCCUUUUGGGCCUUCGUACUUAUGUUCCACAUUCACUAGUCUAUCUAAAUCAAUUCAUCCACUAGUCUAGCACCAAGUGUUCAGCUGUGGAGUUGGGAGAAAGAGUAAGAGUACCAAAGGUGUAAAAUGUAAACUAGGAAAGAUAUAGCUGCUCAGGAAAAGCUGCCAACCGGUCUAUGGUAUAGUAAAGUUCUAUCUGCAAGAAAUAACCCUUUAACGUUUGAGAAAACUGAAUAGCACUAUGAAAUGAGUAGAAAAUUGUAAGGUUUUUUUUCUUUUCCCUGAUCUUAAAAUUGAUGUAAAUAUCAGCUAAUGCCAUUUUAAGCGGAUGCAAGAACCUAUUUUACACCAUUUGAAUGCUUUUUCUUUUGCCAUGUCUUUCAGAUACAAAACAAAUUUUCUAGCAGUUCUGAACACAAAUUGUUGA